UUAAGAUUUCAUUUUUCUUUUCUUUUUUUUUCUUUUAAUACAACCCACCUUCUCCUCUUCAACUGAUCAGCAGCUCUACAGCAAAUAUCUUUGAACAACAUCACACAGUGGAAUAGUCUGGCGCCACAGCAGCAGCAGCAGCAGCGUCGCUGGAACCAUGCCUCUUCUGCAGAUUUGGACUGGGAAAUUUCAUCCACCGAUUUGAGGCGGCUGCUCACUCAUUCAUGCCCGUGUUUGUUUGUUUUGUAGUGGAGCAAAUACUUGUCAAUUAGGAACUGCCGUAAAUGCUGCUAUAUUUUAAAAGAAGAGCAAGAUGUCUGAUCUUGUGGUGUUAGUAGAGGGGCUCUGUGACCUGCACGGAUUUCCAUAGCUGGGGAAAACAGCGGGGGCCAAAUACACGAUUUAGUCUUUUCAGAAAUUGAAAUCAAGACGCCUGUUUGAGAUGAAGACAUCGCAUGCGUAGAUGUAGGCUUGUUUAUUUGACGGGUUUUUUAAAAAAAAGGGGGCAAUUAUUAUUCUUUUUUUUUUGAUUGCCAUUUGAUUGUUACUUUGGGCAUUUUUUCCGGGGGGGAGGACCACUGCACUGGUUGGAUUAUAGAAACUAUAUCCAAGGAUUUGUGGAGAUGUUGGGUCGUCAAGAAGAUAAAUUAUGUGGAAUUUUCUCUGCUGUGGCGGCUUUGUCCUUCGUAUGCUUUGUUCAAAGCUCCUCCACUGGAAGCACUGGAAUGUCUUUGGCCAAGACCACCGUGGACAAACUGCUGAAGGGAUAUGACAUCCGUUUAAGGCCUGAUUUUGGAGGUCCUCCAGUCAUCGUAGGAAUGAGCAUCAACAUAGCGAGCAUCGACUCCAUCUCAGAAGUAAACAUGGACUACACCAUCACAAUGUAUUUCCAGCAGAGCUGGCGAGAUAAGCGUUUGGCCUAUGGUGAGCUCAACUUGAAUCUGACUCUGGACAACCGUGUAGCAGACCAGCUGUGGCUCCCUGACACCUACUUCCUUAAUGACAAGAAGUCCUUUCUUCAUGGUGUGACAGUAAAAAACCGCAUGAUCCGCCUGCACCCUGAUGGCACUGUCUUAUACGGGCUGAGAAUAACCACCACUGCUGCUUGCAUGAUGGACCUGAGGAGGUACCCUCUCGAUGAACAAAACUGCACCCUCGAAAUUGAAAGCUAUGGAUACACCACGGACGACAUCGUGUUCUUCUGGCAAGGAGGCGACAAUGCAGUGACUGGCGUUGACAAGUUGGAGUUACCUCAGUUCUCGAUUGUGGACAUCCGCUUAGUGUCCAGGGAGGUCCGCUUCACUACAGGUUCAUAUCCAAGGCUUUCCCUGAGUUUCAGGAUUAAGAGGAACAUUGGAUACUUCAUCCUGCAGACAUACAUGCCCUCUAUUUUGAUCACCAUCCUCUCCUGGGUCUCCUUCUGGAUCAAUUAUGAUGCCUCUGCAGCUCGGGUGGCCCUGGGUGUGACAACGGUGCUCACCAUGACAACCAUUAACACCCACCUUAGGGAGACUCUCCCAAAGAUUCCGUAUGUGAAAGCCAUCGAUGUCUACCUCAUGGGCUGUUUUGUGUUUGUGUUCCUGGCCCUGCUUGAAUAUGCCUUUGUAAAUUACGUGUUCUUUGGCCGGGGCCCUGCGCAACAGAAGAAACUCAGUGAGAGGCUGAACAAAUCCAACAACGAGCGUGCAAGAUACGAAGAGAAGCGCCUGAGGGAACAGGACUCCAUUUCCACGCCGUAUCAAACCAACACCUUCAGGUCAUAUACACAGCGAAGAAAUCUGUAUCUCGAGGAACAAAGAAAAGUUGGGGUGGAUGCUUACGGAAACAUCCUGCUCACCACACUGGAGAUGAACAACGAAGUGAUGCCUUCUGAUGUGGGGAGCAGCGUCAGUGACUCUCGGAAUUCGGUCAUGUCCUUCGACAGCUCCGGGGUCCAAUUCAGGAAGCCCAUGGCGCCCAGGGAUGGCUUCAGCCACCACUCGCUGGAUCGGAGCGCCAUGCGGAGCCGGGCCAACUGUCGGCUACGGCGACGCUCCUCCAAGCUCAAAUUGAAAAUCCCAAACCUGUCAGAUGUUAGCACCAUUGACAAGUGGUCCCGGGUCAUUUUCCCCAUCACCUUUGGAUUUUUCAACCUAAUCUACUGGUUGUACUAUGUGAAUUGAUGUGCAUCCCACUAGGAAUCAUGGGCCAUAUUUUGAGAGCACAUUAAAUUGGCUUUGAUAAAGUUCCAAAAUAUGUAUACACAUAUACAAGUUGAACAUAUGUAUAUGCAUAUUUCUAUAUAUUAUAUUUAUAUAUACACAUGUGAAAUCUGAAGGACCUUUCUGCUGUACAAAAUAUUAAUAGGAUGACUUGAAUGUUUAAGAAUAAUUGUGAAAGAAUAAUUUCAAGGCUUUGAGUUUCUUUUUCGUCCAGAAACAAACAAACAAAACCUGAGAUCCCACCAGGGAUUUUUGGAACUAAAGACUGCAUGAUAUUUUUGCUACAACAAAAAAAAAAUACAAGCGAAGGUGAAAAGCUCUAGAGAGAGAAAAGAUGUCUCAGAGUCCCAUUGACUUUCUACUGAUGCUUAUUGUAAUCAACAAUUCUCUACUGCAGCUCAUGAAAUUGGUGGUGGCUUGUCUGCGCAGGCAUCAGCUGAGUGAGAGAUCCUUGACACCACCCUCCCCCAACCUCGUCACCCAACUCACACACAC